CGCCCUGUGGGCGGGGCGUCUCUCGGUGGACGGAACCCUUGACUGGCUCCCUCCUCCCGGAACUUCCUGGAUCCUGAGCGUGCAAGUGGCGUCACCUGGAGCGUGAGCAGCUGCGCGAGGAUAUCCGAGUAAUUCGGAGUGCUGUUGGGGUUCAGAAGCGUUGCUGUCUCUGUUGAGCAAUUUCCUGAGGCUAGACUUUGAAGGAUAUAAAUUUCAGUCAAGAGAUACAAUGUGAGCAAAGGAAAGAAAGGAAGAAUGUGCAAGGUGUCUUCAGAGAGCUAUGAGUUCACUAGGCCAGAAAUUAAUGUGGAGCCUCCUGUGGGUCAAGUGCUGGAGCUGUAGAGAAUUAGAUACACGCUCUGCACUCAAACAGAAAAUCUGGUAGGGGCCCAAAGCAUGGAAAUAAUUUCAACAUAAGCAGCAACUUCAAGAAGAACCAAGAACAAUGGCCAAGAACAAACUAAGAGGGCAGAAGUCCAGGAAUGUAUUCCACAUAGCUAGCCAAAAAAGCUUUAAGGUUAAAAAUAAAGCAAAACCAGUUACCACUAAUCUUAAGAAGAUAAAGAUUGUGAAUGAUGAAAAAGUGAACAGAAUGAACAAAGCCUUUAUAGAUAUACAAAAGGAGCUUGCACAUUUCUCAAGAGGCCUUUGCCUUGAACCUCUGCAGAAACAGCUGAUUCCUGAGCAGCGUCGCGAAGACAAACCAGUUAACGUUGAUGAAGCUACAAGAUUAAUGGCUCAGCUGUAAUACACCAGUGAUGCAGUAAAUUCCCCAAAUAGACCAAUAAAUUAAAUGUUUCAUACAA